GCUCGGAAGCGCCGAUCUAGCAUCUUCGAAUGAAAUUUUGUAUGUACAGAGUAUAGUGAUCUCCAACGUAGAGAUCUUCGGCACAUAUUUAAAAAUUUAAAUUAUUUAAAGUGACCACAAAACAGCACUCGAUUUAGUGUACGCUUGUUAAAGAAUGUCUGGUGAUGUGCAACCAAGAAAACGGAAGGAAAAACGACGCAAAAAAGAUGAUGAAGAUACUGGUACUCCACCGCCUAUUUUGAUCAGUCCGACUGACACUUCUGUCGAAAAUAUCUCUAUUCAUAUUUAUAAAGAAAGUAGCACAGGCGGGCAUUGGUGUGCACGAAUUAUAUUUUUUACUUUACUGGCUGUUCUUGUUGGAUUAAUUGGUAUAAUAAUAUUCGAACAUAGAGGGACUACAGAUGUCGACACACCAAUUACAUCAUCACGGUGGGCAAGUAUAUUUGAAGGCUGGGUAGAUGAUUUGCCAUCCAAUCAUGAUGUAACGCAUGAAGAAAUAGAAGAAAGUAAAGAAGUGUCAGAAGAAGAGGAAGAAAAGGAAGACCAUGAUGAAGAAGAAUCGACAGAAAUCGAAGAGCAAGAAGAUACAGAAGAAGAAGAAAAAAAAGAACCAGAAGAGGAUGAAGGGAUUGGCGAAGAAGUAGAAGAGGAAGAGGAGGGGAAGGAAGAAGUAGAAGAAGAAGAAGAAAGUCAAGAAGGGGAAAUAGAAGAAGAAGAAGAAGAAGAAGAAGAAGAAGAAGAAGAAGAAGAAGAAGAAGAAGAAGAAGAAGAAGAAGAAGAACAAGAAGAAGAAGCAAAUGAGGAUGAAAAUGAAGACGAAGGUAUUGAUGAAGACAAUGAAGAAGAAGAAGGAGAAGAAGAAAAUAAAGCACAAGAAGAAUAUGAUGAUACUGGUACAUUGGAAGAAACUGAUGAGACGAAUGAAUAUGAAGAUAAAAUAAACGAAAGAAAUGAUAACUUUGAUGUGGAACUUGAAGCUAGUAUGGAGAUUGAUAAUUCUGCAGAAGAGAAGGAUAAUGAUAUAUCUGAGGAAUUCGCAGAUAUACCUGGCAUUCAUGAAAUUGAUGAUAAUAGUGCUGAACCCUUAGAAGAGAUAGAAAGUGAAGAACGUGAAGAAGAUGUAGAUGAUGUAGAUAGUGAACAUGAAGCAGAAGAAGAAGAAGAAAUUGAAGAAGAAUCUACUAGUGUGGCUGUGAAGUUUGGAGUCGGUGUUGCACUUGUUGUUGCUGCGCAUUUUGUUCUCGUUAGACGAUGGAACAAUGUUAAUACUUCCCGUUCUUCGCAUGAUAUAAUUGACAUACCUGAUUUAUCAAGACGCAAUACAAUAGUUCCACCGCCUCAUAUUAAACAAGUAAUUAAAUCAGUUGAAAACGUCGACAAUAAAAAACCUAUAGAAGCACAAGUGAAAAAUUAUGAAGAUUUGAGAUUUAAAUAUAUGGAUCUACAAGAAGAAAAUAUUUCUCUAAUCGAUGUAAACAAUUUAACUUCAAAAGAUAAAGCACCAGAAGUAAACGAAAAAUGGUCAAUUCAAAGUACAGCUAAAGCAGAAAUCGAUACUAAUCAGGACCAAUUUAAAAUAAUAUCAUCUAAAGAAGAAGAAAAUUAUGAAUUAGAAACAUCUGAAAGCGAACAUGUUUUGGGAAUGGUAGAGUAUGAUGAAGAGCAAAUGGAAGAAAAUAAUGAUGAUGAAGAAGGAGAAGAAGGAGAAGGAGAAGAGGAAGAGGAAGAGGAAGAGGAAGAAGAUGAGGAAAUCGAAAAUGUUGAUGAUUCAGAAUUAAUAGCUAAACUUGAGGCAAAAUAUGGAAAAUUACCCACUGUACAGGACAGUGAAGCUGAAGAAGAAGAUGAAGAGCAGGAGGAAGAGGAAGAAGUAGAGGAAGAAGAGGAGGAGGAGGAGGAGGAGGAGGAAGAGGAGGAAGAGGAGAAAGAAAAGAAAAAAAAGGUGUUAAAGCACUAAAGGACUUGCAUGUGGAAUCUAAAGCAAAAGCAUCCAUUCAACAAAAAAGAAUGAAAAUUAAUCAAGCGAAUAGUGAUCAACUUGAGAAUGAAGAAAAAGCUCGUGACUUUAAUAUAUGAAAUAUGGAUGAUAAGUGUUGCCUAUGAAGAAAAUAAUUCCACAGAAUCCCAGAGUGACAGUAAGCUUCAUAAUUAAAAUAAUGUUUAUCUUAUAAGAUAAUUU